AUGGUAUGGUAUAAUAAACCAGAGACGGUCCGGCUUGUAUGGGACGCAGCCGCCCAAUCCAGCGGCAAGGCCCUGAAUGACUACAUCUGGAGUGGUCCAGAUCUCCUAAACUCCCUGUUUGACCUCUUACUCUCAUUCCGAGUGGGACGAGUGGCGAUCUGUGGCGAUAUCGCCGAGAUGUUCCACCAGAUCCGAGUGAGACCAGCAGACACCCAUGCGCAAAGGUUUCUGUGGUUCGACAGCAAAUCCGAGAGGCAAGAGCCUAACGUCUAUGUUAUGGAAGCGCUUACUUUCGGAAUCAAUUGCGCACCCUGCAUUGCACACUUUAUUCGUGACAAAAAUGCAGAUCGAUUCUGCCAACAGUACCCUCAAGCAGCACAAGGCAUGAAGGAAUACCACUACGUGGAUGAUUUUAUAUACAGCGGCGACAACUACGUGGAAGUCGGAAACAUCGCAACUCAAGUCAGAGACAUCCAUGCAGCAGGUGGUUUCCACAUACGCAAUUGGUCUUCAAACUCAAAGGAGGUCCUACGAAUACUAAAGAGCGAUUCGCUACUUCCCGAAGCUGUCGAAAUUACCGCAACAGAAAAGGUACUCGGCUUAUAUUGGAUGCCGAACUCCGACGUAUUCACAUUCAUCUGCAAGUUCGCCAGGCUGAAGCGCAACGUUUUAGACAGUGACAAAACACCAACCAAACGCGAGCCCUUGCAAGUACUUAUGUCAAUGUACGACCCACUCGGCUUCAUCUCAUGCUUUACAAUAGAGCUGAAAAUCCUACUGCAAGAAGUCUGGAGAAGCGGCAUUGGUUGGGAUACUGGUUUGCCCGACGCAUUGUUACCCAAAUGGAUACGAUGGAAACGGAUCCUUACAACAAUCGCCGGAUUGACCAUCCCGAGAUGUUAUUUCAACAGCAGCGAUCAAGUCCAUGAUGUCCAGUUACACACGUUCGUUGACGCCAGCGAAUUGGCAUACGCAGCAGUCUGCUACCUUCGGAUACGCCAGGGGGAAAGAACCUACCUCAGCUUCGUGGCCUCCAAGGCGAAAGUGGCACCGUUGAGUCCACUAUCUAUACCAAGGAUGGAACUGCAAGCCGCAGUUAUCGGAGCAAAGCUGAGUAACCGAAUCCAACGCAAUCCAAGUUUGUCAAUUAACUCGAGUUGUUAUUGGUCCGACUCAAAGACUGUUCUCAAUUGGCUUCGUAUGGAUCCACGAAAGUUUCAGCAAUUCGUCAUGCACCGCGUGGGCGAAAUACUGGAAUUCACAAACGUUAGCCAAUGGAACUGGGUUCCAACCAACCUUAACCCUGCAGAUCUUGCUACUAAAACAAACAACGCCAAUAAAUAUAAAACUUGGCUACACGGUCCAGACUAUUUGCUGCAGGAUCAACACGAGUGGCCAAAAUGCGAUGAUUUGGGGCCACCAAACAAUGCUGAAGUCAGGCAUAACAUACUCUUCAUCGACAAUUCGCCGAUGGAGCUAAAACUUAACGCGGAAUAUUUUUCCGACUGGCGCAGGCUAUAUCGAGCUUUAGCGCGCUUUAUUCUCUACAUUGAGAAACUGAAAGCGAAACAAAAGAAGGCAUCGCCACCUACAGAGAUGAAAACCAGCUCCUACGUACCCGAGGGCGAGCAGAAAACCUAA